GAAAAGGGAAGACUUUAUUCGAUCUCCUUGAAAAGUAACUGUUAGAAGUUUGCCUCGACGUUUUAAGUCGUCAAAUAUGACUUCGAUGAGCCAGCGGCGGAACAUGACGCAGAGUCACCAGCAGAGGUAUAUCAUGGCAUCGAGGCGACAGGAGGAGUAUCGCGAAGAUCGACUGAAACAGCUCAGCCAGGAGAGACACCUGCAUGCGAACGUCCAGGCCGAGGAGCGACUGGAGAAAAAGCGGCACCUUCGGAGGGUGCAGGAGGAGCAGUACGAAAGGCGGAUCGAAGAUUCCCUUCUUAAGGCAGAGAAGGAGAGACUUCUCAGGAGGCAGCAGCUUGAGCAAGAGGAGAGAAUGGCUGAAGAACUGGCUCGCAUCAACUAUGAAAAACUUAGGGAUGAUAAAUUGAGACAGCAGAUUAAAGAGAACAGCCUUGAGCUCCGUGACCUGGAAAUCAAGUUGAGGGCGGCGUACCUGAACAGGGAAAGAGCAGCUCAGAUUGCUGAAAAGGAGGCCAUAAGAGUCGAGACGAUGCGGCAGGAGGCGGACAUGGCGCGGGAGAUGAAGAGCGAGCUGGAGCGCGCCUCCGCGGAGGAGGAGAAGCAGGAGCUGAGGCGCCUGGAGGAGGCGACGCGCUACCAGCAGGAGCUGCAGCUGCAGCUGGAGGAGAAGGAGGAGAGGAGGAUGGAGGCCUACAAGGAGUUCCUCAAGGAGAAGCUCAUGAUCGAUGAGAUCGUCAGGAAGAUUUACGAGGAGGACCAAAUGGAGCGGCAGCGGAGGCUGGAGAAGGUGGCGGCCACCCAGCGGCUCAUUGAGGAGUUCAGGCAGCAGAAGGCCGAGUGGAGGCGGCUGGAGCGCGAGAGGGUGGAGGAGGAGAACAGGCGCAUCAUGCAGUACGCCCUCCAGCAGCAGCAGAAAGAGCAGGACAAAAUGGCCAAGUUCCGGGAGCGGGAAGAGGCCAAGGACUACCUCCACAAGAUGCUGGCUGAGAAGAUGGAAAGGGACAGGCGGCAGCGUGAGGAAAUGGACCGUGUGCGCGAGGAGCUCUCCCUGGAGGAGCAGGCAGAGGCCGAGAGGCAGAAGGAGAUCGCGGACAUGGAGAGGAGGAUCCGGCAGCGGCUGGAGAUGCAGCAGACCCACGAGCAGCAGCUGGCCUUCAAGGAGAUGUGGAGGCAGGCCGAGAAGGAGGAGGAGGAGGCCUUCAGGCAGAUGAUGAUGGCGAAGUUCGCGGAGGACGACCGCAUUGAGCAGAUGAACGCCCAGAGGCGGCGCAUGAAGCAGCUGGAGCACCGGCGGGCUGUGGAGAAGCUGCUGGAGGAGCGGCGGCAGCGGAGGCUGGCUGACAAGGAGCGUGAGGCUGAAGAGAAAGCCAUGGAGCAGGCCAGGGAAGCUGCCCACAGGCAGAUCAUCGAGGAGGAGAGACAGAAACUUCUCAAGCGCCACGCCACAAAACUGCUCGGCUUUCUGCCAAAGGGUAUUUUCAAAGAAGAAGACCUUGACCAUUUUGAUGAGGAUUUUAAAAGAAAUUUCCAGAAACGGGAGUCGGACGUAUACUCAGACGAAGGCUGGGGAGAUGAAUGAGUGUGGUUUUUGUCACCACUAGAUGGCACUCUUGUUCAGUUCCAGGCAUCCUUGUU